AUGCUCAGCACAAAGUGUGUAGCACGCGCGACCCUCCGAACGCCGCAUACCCCGCGAGCAUGUAGGAACAUAGCGACCAGACCCCCGCAAUCACACGUUCGGACAGCAUCCCAUCCCUAUGCACAACGACGACAGCAACACUUCGUCCGAUCCAUAGCCACCGUCGGCGCGCUCUGGGCUACCGCCACGGCAUAUCAAUGGUGCAACGGGGACUCGAUCAUACGAGAUGCGCACGCGGAGGAGCAAGAGGAACCAGAGCUGAAGUUUGAAGCGCCACGGCGGCAGGCAACAUCGGUCGACGACAACAGAAACAUCAUCAGCUCGCAGCAUCUUCAAGUCAUCAAGAGUUGGGAGAACCCUGGAGUCUACACAUGGGGUUCUAACUCGGGCAAGGUCGUGGCACCCGACUCGGACGAGAAGUACAUCAAGACACCAAGACGCUUGACUUUCUUUGAUGGAAAGUUAUUGCGGGACAUCAAGCUCGACAGAAACUUCGGCGCGGCCAUUGACGAGAAGGGCGAUCUUUUACAAUGGGGCACCGCCUUCGCAAACGAUGUCAAGGAGCCUACCAAGACUCUGACGGGCCAUAACCUUACCUCUCUCGCCAUCUCCCGCGAUCGCAUUAUUGGCCUUUCGAAGAGUGGCUCUGUAUACUCGAUACCUGUUUCACAGGCGGAGCAGGAAGGCCCAAAGCCGCCAUCUACAUCAUGGAUCCCUUUUUGGGGCGGAUCCAACAACAUCUCAUACCGCAACCGUACACCCGAGAACCUCGGAUGGAGCGAGCGCGUCACGGAUAUCUCGUCUGGGCUAGAGCACGCGCUCAUGCUCACCUCCUCUGGCCGCGUCUUCUCUUUCGCAUCAGGCUCACAAGACUUCCCUAGUAAAGGCCAACUAGGUAUACCCGGUCUAUCAUUCGAGAGCCGUCCCACUGGCGCAUUCGACAUCCCCCACGAGGUCACUACGCUGAAAGGCUUCCCCGUCAAGAAGAUUGCUACUGGCGACUACCACAGCUUAGUCUGUGAUUCUGAAGGACGCGCCUUCACUUUUGGCGACAACACCUCCGGACAAUUGGGUUUCCCGUACAAUGCCGAAGCGCAAAGCGUCGAUGCGCCAUCUCUACUCCCUACACAAAAACUAUACUCUGGUUCGCUAGGCAAGGUGACAAACGUCUUCGCUGGUGGCAACACGUCUUUCCUUGCUGUCGAAGCGACCAAAGGCAACAAGACUACUGCAGACACAUGGGCUUUUGGAUUCGGUCUCACUGGUCAGCUCGGUGUUGGUCGAUGGGUACACACGCAGGCCGACCCUGUCAAGGUGCCCGCGUUCUCUGGCCUCUUCGAGUGGGACGAAGCCAAGAACACUGCAAUCCCGAUACGUCUGUUGAACAUCUCAGUCGGUUCAACCCAUGCCGCCGCUAUCCUCGACAACGUUGCCAGCGUCGCUGUGACUGGCCGAUCAAAGAAGCUCACAGACAACGACACUAACUGGGGUCGCGAUAUCCUGUUCUGGGGUAACAACGAAUACUACCAGAUUGGCAGUGGCAAGCGGAGCAAUCUAGCCACGCCGACAUACAUCCAACCACUUGACCAAGCCGCCGAGCAAGAGCGGGCUGCGUCUGCGGGCGGCUUUGGAAAACAACUAAGAGAAAAGGAGAUGCACCGUUUCCAAAUUACACCACGGAACAAGGUCAAGGUCAAUGGCCGCACAGUCGAAUUCGAGCAAAAGGUGGAGUGUGGACGGGGAUGCACUGCCGUUUACUCUGCUGUCUGA